AUGGAAGCUCCAAUGGAGGCUGAAGGAUUUAUCUUGUGGCAUGCUCGAGAUGAUGCUGAUGUCGAUGAGGCAGUCGCUGAGAUCCGAGAGCUUGCCGAGCGAAGCGAGGCUCAGGCCGAGGCCAUGGAAAGACUGCCAGCUGCGCCAUAUCCCCAAGCCUCCGUUCCACGUGAUGGCUUUGCGUACAAGGCUGUGCAGCGGCGUGGUGUUCGUGCCUUGUAUCUCCGAGCAGUGCGCCGGCAGAUCGAGUACUAUUUCUCGGACAAGAAUCUGAAACAAGACUGGUUCUUCCAGGAGAAGAUCCUGGAGGCUCCUGAGCCAGAGUGGCUUGAGAUGCGCUGGCUACUCUCAUGUCCACGCAUCCAGGAUGUUCAUUGUGCUUCCCUGCAAGAUGUCCUCGAGGCUUUGGGACCAUCGACCCUCAAAGUCAAGGCUUGCCAUGGCACGCACUGGGUGCGAAGGAAAAAGCCACUGCCACAGCUGAAGGAAAGCCGCCCGGCCAAAGGACAGGAGCCGGAGUGGUAUGUUCGGUUGCACGCAGUGGCAGACGCAGAAGGUGCAGCUGCAGACGUCCCGUCAGCCGAAGUGGUGCCCGCCGAAGCGGCGGGCAUCGCUCCCGCGGCUGAGGAGGACGGUUUGCGCGGCCUGCCACCGCCAAAAGCCCCGUGA